AGGUGCAAUGCGCGGCCUGGUGGUGCGCUGCUUCGGCUCCGGGGGUCUGCAGCUCCGCGCCGGGCUGCUUCUCAUCCUGGUUCCCCCGCUGCUCCUUGGCCUCCAGCUGCUUGUGGUGGGGACCCGGCUGCCCGGUGACCCCGGGGAAGGGGAGCAGGGGCAACAGGUCGCUUUCUCGGUUAUUAGCAUCGAACCGGACAGAGGGCGGCGAGGCCGCAGGACUGCCGCGGUUCGGUAUCCGGUUCGGACGGAGACGAGCGAGGAUCCGAGGGAGUACGCGGAGGAGAAUGAGCUGCACAUGCGCCAGGUCGGACCCCGACCAUUAGAGAUGCAGCCGUGGGCGACCGACCCGCCGACCUUUUCAUCAGAGCUGAGUCGACUCAUCCGAUACAUCUCCAGCCCACAGGUGAACUGUUCCAAAGUUUUACCUCCAGCAGCUUCGCAGUGGCUGCUGUGUGCCGAGGAGUGGCUUCUUUCAUCGGCACCUUGUGUUGCUUACUCUUUCAGCAUGUCUGGAGGGGAUGCAGAUUUCCUGAAGACCGUCUCGGGGCUGGGAUGUGAAGUCCACACGUUUGAUCCAAGCAACUCCAAUGUAUCCCGCGGUUACCUUGGCAACCGCUUGGCUGGACUCCACGGUGAAGGGGGAGUGGUCAGGCAGCACAAGACGUGGUUGGAGUGGCGAGCACGGAGGAAGGGCAAGGCGGGGAGCAAGCUGGGAAGUGUUUCUGGAACACUGGCGGACAUCAUGACAGCUCUGGGACAUCACAUUGUUCACUUCCUCUAUGCGGACCUGCUGAGUGCUGAGUGGAGGGUUUUUCAGAACUGGAUCGAAACGGGAACUCUACAGCGCGUCCAUCAUCUGAUCGCCGCCACCCACCUCCAGUGGCCCGGGUUCGAAGUCGGGGGGAGCGAGCAGGAGGUGCUGCGCUACUGGUUCAGCGUCCUGCAGGGUCUCCAGUCGGCUGGACUGAAGCUGGUCCACACUUCUGCUGGACCCGGUCAGAAUGUGCUGAGACACGCCGCCGCAGGUGCUCACAGCUCCUACACGCUCAGCUGGGUCAACAUGAGGCGCUGACCUGAGGUGGAAGGAGCUGACCCUUCAUAGGGCGAUGACCUCUGUGACAACACUGAGAAGUUUUACAUAACGCCGCCAUCUAGUGGAGGGAAAGAGAACUACAAUGUUUUCCGCAAUAGUGCGUUAUCACGAUGAUGAGGAAUGAAUGUAUUCAAAAACGUGCAAUAAAAUUGUUCAAGCUUGAAAAAUCACAAGUCGCUAUGAUAAAUAAAAAGU